UUCAAGGCCAGUUGCACUGGUUUAAGGCUGCAGGACCCAGACAGCCCUGGCUGUGACAGGACCCUUUGCAGUCACAUGUGAGAGGAGCGGAAUUCAGCUCUCAGAGGCGGCACUUCCUGACAUGGGAUUGAUGUCAAUUAUAUUCACAGACCAAGCCCCGGCUGCCCUGAGAGCACAGCCAGGUGCUCGUAUCAGCUGCUCGCAUCAUGGCUGGGGAGAUAGUCUAUGCUGAUCUGAACCUCCCCUCUGGCUUUCCUGGCUCCAGGACGCCCCUUUCAGCUCAGCCCCUCAGUCCCCCGAGUCCCCGGUGGCAUCGGACAGCGCUGUGGGUCGGAUGGAUUGGGAACGUUGUCCUGGUGAUGGCUGUGAUAGCGCUGGGGAUUUGGGUUUCCUUCUUGGUAUCUGAGAAGGGACAGACCCCGGCAGCCCCUGGGAGCGACGGAGCCGGGCGCAGAGAUACAGCGACACCCCCUGGGAGCGACAGAGCCGGGCGCAGAGAUACACCAACACCCCCUGGGAGCAGAGACCCCAGCACGGUAGAAUGCAGCGCCCAUCUGGAGCGUUUCCGAUCCCAGCUGAGCCAACGUCUGUGUCCCCCGGCCCAGCCCGGCCCAGCAGGGGGCGCCAGGUGCAAACUCUGCCCCACGGACUGGCAGCUGCGUGGGGACAAGUGCUACUGGGUCGGCAGAGAAAGUAAAACGUGGAGCGAGAGCCGCUCCGACUGCUCAGCGAGGGGCUCCCAGCUGCUGGUGAUCCGGGACCCCAAGGAGCUGGAGUUCCUAAAGGACCUGACACAAGGUUCACGUCUGUUCUGGAUCGGACUGUCCGUCUCCUCCCCGGAGAAGGCCUGGACCUGGCUGGACGGCUCCCGGUUGGAUCAGACCCUGCUCCCGGUGUCAGGCCCGGCUGAGGGGAACAGCUGUGGGGUGGUGAAGGAGAAUCAGAUUGGUUCUGACAUCUGCAGCUCUGCAUUUCAGUCGAUUUGCCAGAGAGACACCGUCCCGCUCUGAGCAGGGCAUCCAUGGCCCUUUAAUAAUGG